AAUGCGAACGCACGCCCCCCCUUCUUUAAACUCUGUUUGAGAAAUUGAUAUCCUCUCAAAAAGUAAGGACAAUAAUUAUACCUGGAAGAAAAAGUUGAAGUUUUGUAUUUUUAACGAAAAAUAUCCCGCACGUAUUGGGACUGUAAGAGGUGAGUUGAGAGAAUGGGCGCCCAAUCCCACCACCACGCCCGACACAUCAUUAGCUAGUUUGUGAGUUUAAUUUCAGGGACUUUUUGUAAGUACACUGCAAUGGAGAAAUUUGUCAAGAGGAGUGCCCUGUCAACUGGGGAACCAUGCAAGUCAAGUAAAGAGAUGUAGAUCCAUAGUCUAUAGAUACUUAUGAAUGUUUGCGAACUGGGAGGACCAGUUGCACUGUUAGAAAACCUCAUAUUUCUAGAGGUGGAAGUAAUUUAAAUAGCUGAGUAGGGGUUAAGGAUGGAGUUCAGCGAGAGCAUCCUCUGUGCUGCUGGCGACUUGGAGUUGGACCCUGAGAUUGUGAGCGAGGAGGCUGGCAAGGUCUACUCUGAGCUACAGUCCGUGAUCGAAGCCCACGGCCCUGAGGCAGUGGAGCCACUGGUGCCCAUUCUGGUGUGGGUCCUGGAGGGGCUGGCAAGCUGCCGGGCCCAGCUGAAGGAGAGUGAGGAGGAGGCUGAGAGGGAGAAGGGGGAGCGGAAGGAGCUGCUGGAGAGGUUUCAGAGUGAGAGAGCCCUGCGCAAGGAGAGCCAGGAGCGGUACCUGGAGCUGGAUGACCAAUUCGAGCAGGAGCGAAGGGCGAUGCGGGGCAGGGAGAAGGAGCGAGGGCAGAGGGAGCGAGAGCUGGAGAGAAAAGCGCGAGAGCAGGCUGACCAGUUGGUGGCCCUGGAGGAGCAGAAAUCCAUCCUGGCUCGAGACCUGAGCACUUUGAAACACACACAUAAUAAGCUGCUGCACAGUUACCGGGACCUUCUGGAGAGGAGGAGGGACUCGGAGAGGGGAGACGGCUCUCUGUCUCCCAGAAGUCCCCUUGGCCAUUCAAAGCCUUCUGAAGCUUCAGUCUUGCAGGUGAAAUCGAGAGUAGAAACUCCCCCAGAUCGCCGCCUUUUGGAGCCCCUCAAUCCCGAGGACAGACGAGUAGGUGAGGAUGGAGGGGCGGGUGCUGCGUCCUUCUUAGAAGCCAUCAUCAACUCCACACCUGAGCUGGCGGAGGUGGAUCGCCGAGCUGAAGCCAGCAGAGCUGAACCUGGGAAUGUGAGCGACCUCGGGACGGAACAUGAGGCCGGCGGGCAGGCAAAUGGAGAUGUGGGGGGCAACAACGGAGAGGAGGAGGAGGAGGAGGAGGAGGAGGACGACGACGACGACGGAGAGAGCCUGGAAUGGGAGCUGAGGAACACUGACUCGGUCUUCUCCGAGCUGUCUGAACUGAGUCAAGAUUACGUGGAGAGCGUGGACCGGGGGGCCAGUGUCCGAGGCGGUGUAGACCAGCAAGAGGGCAUCCUGUCCCAAUAUGAGGAACUGAAACGUACCAACGAACUGAUUGAUGGUGCCCGUAGAGCGCUGAUCAGCCGCGUGGAGGAGCUGACCAGUGAGAGGGCUUCCCUGAGCUGCGAGCUGGCAUCGUACCGUGAAACUGUCAUGCGUUUGGAGGGGAAGGUCAAGGAGCUGGAGGAAGAGGUCAAACGACUUCGCAAAGAACUGGAACAAAAUCCUGGAGAAGAUUCAGAGUCCCUGCCCGGCACCGGACGGCGGUUUUCCCGCUCGGAAAUGGCACGGGUGGUGAUGGAGAAGAACCAGUAUAAGGAGCGCCUGUUUGAGCUGCAGGAGUCCAUACGAAGGUCACAGGCUCACAGGCCCUCCAAGGAGGACAGGAGUGUUGAGGAGAGGAGGACAGGCGUGUGGAGGAGGUUUAACCGCUUGUUUGGCCUGACCAAGGACCCCUUCCCACCCCCCCCUGGCUUGCUGGGUGGCCCCCCCUCGAUUAUGGCGGAGCAGAGCCACCGGCAGCAGUUGGCCGUGAGCCAGACUCAGACUGACGGUGCCCCGCCCUCCACCCUGUCCCCGCGGGUCAGGAGAAAGGAGCUGUACCGAGACAUCCGGUCGCACGUGUGGAGCACUCUGGGUAAACGACAGAUUCACGGCUGGAGCAUGCCUAUCCCGCAGACGAGCUCGCAGGUUGGCAAUGGUGCUCCACCCGAGCCCAAGGAUGUGCCCGUUCUAGUGCAGCUGCGACUGCUAGACCAGAGGGACGCCAGUGCCAAGGUGCCCCUGGCGUGUGCGACGGCCGUCACGCCCGAGAUAUCGGGUGACCUCAUGUGUUCGGUGUGGGUCAUCUCUGGCCCCGCCUCCAGCAGUGAUGUCACAGUGAUCGACCCCACACGCUCCAACACUGUCCUGGAUCAGUUCAGCCUCCCGCCCACCUCCCCUGCACUCUGUCUCUGUGCUGUGCCCCCUGCUGAAGGGGACUCCUCAGGAACGGUGUGGAUCGGCACUCAGGAUGGAAGCAUUUUAGUUCACUCAGCAUCCACAGCUAGGAGGCGCUGUCUGCAGUCGAUCUCUCUUUCUGAAGGAGUGCACUCUCUAACGUAUUUUCAGGGUCAUGUGAUUGCUGGAUUAGCCAAUGGGUCGCUUUGUUUCUUCAGUCGCAGUUCUGAUGACUGGGAUCUGCAGUCUCGGGAACUGUUGGUCUUGGGAUCAUCUCCAGUGCAGCCCCUCCGUUGUGUCCUGGGUCGAGGGGAUCGGUUGUGGGUCGGAUACUGGAACCAGAUCCACGUUGUUGCUAUAGAGGGGCGUAAAGUGGAGCACACGUUCAGCGUUUCGGAGCACCAUGAGCAGCAGGUGCGGUUCCUGGGCUCGGUGGCGUGCGGGGUGUGGGCCGCAUGUCGGCUGGACACCACCCUCCGGCUGUUCGACUGGGCAAGCUGUCGGCCCCUGCAAGAAGUGGACUUGGCCCAUUUAGUAACGAAAACACUAGGCCCAGCCUUCCUUUCACUGUCUCCUUUACAGAUCUCAUCUCUAGCUGUCAUCUGUGGCCGGUUAUGGGUGGGAACUGGCAGUGGCGCCAUUUUCUCCAUCCCAAUGCUGCUCAGUUCUGAGGCCUCUAUCCCAUAUUGCACUCUGGCUGGAGCUCAGCUGUGUUACCAUGGACACCGUCAGGCUGUUAAAUUCAUCAUCUCUACCCCAGGCUGCUUAAACCUGCCCUCCACUGGCGGAUCCUCCGUUUCCACCUCCCGGCUUAUUCUGAGUGGAGGAGAGGGGUACAUCAAUUUCCGCAUAGGGGACGAUGGGAGCGAUAGCUUGCCUGAAGCUGUCCCUCAACGUUCUGAGCGCAGUCACAUGAUCAUCUGGCAGAGCUCAUCCCCCUCGCUUCCAAGUCCCGCCCUCUAAUGGUUGCUGUUGUUAAUCCCUCACAGCAGCUCUCCUGUAGGUGUGCCUACCUGAAGUCUGAGCACUGGUGUGCAAUACUUCAUGAAUUUCCAUUUUGGAUUAUUGUCAUGCAGAGUAAUACAUGAUCUACAAGUGACAUUUGUCUCUGGCUCUUAUACAGUUUUUACCUCGUCACAUGGUAGAAGUUUUUCUUUUUGGGCAGGAGCACAGAUCACAUGUCAUCAUUACCUGCUUUUACAUCAACAAUGUAACUAUAGGAAAAUCAAUGGUUUUACUGAGAAUCAGCAGUAGGCUUGGGUGGUGUAUAUUUUUUUUCAUACCAUCACAUAUUCUAGACAUUGUACCCCAGUAUACGGUAUAUGAUGAUAAAAAAAAAAAAAACAAAAAUCAUGUAGACUACUGUAAACUCCGGAAUCAGCGAGAGCCUAAAUGGGCUCAUCUGAAUUAAUCAGAAUUUGGGCAAGAUUGCUGCAAAUUAUAUUAAAUAUUAGUCCUGCGAGCAAAUGGUCAGCACAAACAAAUUCUUUCGUUCCUACUUCCAAAUAAUUGCUGUUGGCUACAUUCCCUGCUAAGUUCAGUUUAGAUUUCUAUUUUUUAUCAGUAAAAAAAGUUGCAACUUCUGUGUUUUCAGGUAACGUUACACAGUGCACAGUGUUCACAAAUAUUCUCCAUACAAUGAAAAUCAAACCAACGGAAUGGCCACCGCUACUUUUUUUUUUUUUUUUAAUACUAAUCCUGUGUUAUUGUUACCCUUCGCAGUCGCCAUCUUUCUCACCAGUAGUCUGACCUCUGGUGGCGCGUGCUGUGCACUACAAUACAUCGCCUCGAUACCGCAGCUCCGUAUCAGAUUUGAAAGAGGAGCGCCUGUAUUAAAAAAAUAAUACCUUUGCGAUUUAAAUGCUGGGGUAUGCCGUAAUACCGCCCAAGUCUAUUCCGCACGCCGUUUUUUUUUCCAACUGUGAACCAUUUGUGACUACUUGUACAUGCUGAACAAAGCUGCUCUGCACUUUUUCGUUUUGGUGUGUCCUGGCACUCUGGUGGUUUGCAUUAUUAACAUCAUUGCUUUAUAGGCAGUGCCUCUCUUCUUGAAUGUUCCGUCUUGUUUACUGAUGUAUUUUAUUACUUUUAUUUUAAGUUAAUUAUUUAAGUUCUCGGUAGCAGGUGUGGGAACAAAGAUGUUUUAUGUAACUGAGUAAUGGUUUGACUUCAAUGUUACGGCUGCAGUGAGCUGUUGUCUAAUUGUAACAUCCAAUCAGUCAUGAAACUGAAAACAGUUAUUGUAAAUACAGUAUUCUUUCAGAAUUUGUACAGUUUUUUUUUUUUUUUAUUUGGUAAUAGUCUGGAUAUUACUGGAACUAGGCCUCAGUAAUGAAAUUGUGACUUAUUAAUAUGAAAACAUUCCAUUUUGAAAACAAACUAUACAUUAAAAGAAUAUAAAAGGACGUGCACAA